UUUGAAACUGUUUGGACUAAUGAUUACACCCUUGGACUUCCAGUUCCGCUUACAGUUUUGUGCGUCGGAGAGCGAAAAUGGGAGUAGAAAUCGAGACCAUAACCCCGGGUGAUGGCCAGACAUUUCCCAAAAAAGGGCAGACAUGCGUUGUGCAUUAUGUCGGCUCACUGACUGAUGGAACCAAGUUCGACUCAUCCCGGGACAGAGGCAAGCCUUUCAAGUUCAAGAUUGGCAAGCAGGAGGUGAUCCGUGGCUGGGAGGAGGGGGUUGGCCAGAUGAGCGUGGGCCAGAGGGCGACCCUGACCUGCACGCCGGACUUCGCCUAUGGCAGCAAAGGGCACCCUGGCAUCAUCCCACCCAACUCUACACUGAUCUUUGAUGUGGAGCUGAUGGGCCUGGAGUGAAGCCUGUGUGCACUUGUUAUGUGUUUAAUUCCACUCAGAUUUUCAGGGUUGACUCCUAUCUCGGGAACAUGGAGGAAAAGGCUAAAGGAAGAUUAAUGCACUUGACUCCUGUAAAAGACUGUCUAAUAGCUUCAGCACUUCACUCUCCUUUCCAUUUAGAUUCAAAUGUGUUUUUGUUGCUUGCUUAAUACCUUAUCCUUGAUCUAGCUUGUCGUAGGACACCCUAACAAGUCAUAGGCCAUACCUUUCAGAUAUCAUGUCAUUUUAUUCUGUUAUGUAUGUUUAUGGUAUUUUUUUUUGUUUUGUUUUUUUACUUCAGAUUUGUAAGUCAUGCCUGCCAUCAGGGGUAGGUACUGGCAAAAUUUGGGAUAAAGUAUCAUUACACACAUUAAAUUUGAUCUAUUUCUUGUGGCUCUGUGAGUGGCCUUGCUUUAGAAACUUUUUUGAAAAUGUGGACAUAAGUGAUUUAAAAAUAUUUAAAAAAGACUACCUAAAUGGAUCAGGUAAUGUCAUUUGGAUUACAGAAGUUGACUUAAAUUAAUAUUAGUGAUGUUUUGAUAUAGAUUUUUUCAGUUGCAUCAACUUUCUGUAUGAAACACUGAAUAGCAUGGCACACUCUGUUGGCAAGACCAUAUAUAUAUAUAUAUAUAUAUAUAUAUAUAUAUAUAAAAAUGCAUAAUUAAAGGUCAUUAUUAUAGUACAGAACUCGCAGAGUAUGCUGACAAGUAUAGUUUCCUCUCAAGCAACAAAAUGGGUCAAUUUCCUAUGGUGUGUUUGAAUAAAAAAUAUCCUUUAACACCCAGUAGGCAUGAUAUUGUGUUUUUAAAAUAGGAUAUAUAGGAAAGAAAAAAUGUCUACAUUAAAUGUUACUUGUGUCACUGUUUUUAUUCUGUUGUGCAGUAUCUGAGAAAUGGUUCUCCACUGUAGACCAAUUCUAGUGAUGCUCUGAGAAGUGCUAAGGACAUGUUUGAAAUCCAUUACUAAUCACAGGGGAAUGCAAAAUUGAAAACCUUUGUUCUAAUAGCAAAACUUGAUCUGUGAUAAAAAUGUUUUUCAUACCCAGUACCACAGCACACAUUGUCAGGAACAUCAGCAAACUAUGGAUAUGUAAAAUUGCCCCCCUCCCCAAUGAGUCAACUCUCACCCCAUUGGUUAAUAAAAAUGUAUUAUAUUCCUCA